GGUUGGGAUCCUCCCGCUUCGAGGUCUCAGGGCAGGUGUCUGGUCUCUUGCAGUCCUGGGGCCCAGGAUGGUGUGACACAGCCCAGGACGCUCCGCGGGGCAGGCAGCUGGCGGAAAAGUGGCGAUCUUAGAUGUCGAUGCUGCCAGUGGUGCUCACCCAGCCCCGGCCACCAGGAUGUCCCAGCUCUCCUCCACCCUGAAGCGCUACGUGGACUCGUCCCGCUACGCGGAGACCACCUACAGCAAGACCCCCAGCUAUGGCUCCUACUCCUAUGGCUCCAACCUUACCACCUCCUACCCAGACAAGGACAAAAUUGGCUUCAAAACUGGCCCCACUGGCACCUACAUGGUCCCUAGCCAUCUCCGUGCCGCGGGCACCUCCCCGACCAGCUAUGACCCGGGCCGGCUGGCCCUGCACCCUGACCCCAGCAUCCGGCUGAAUUUGGGCUACAGGCAUGUGCCAGGGCGACCAGUGGGUACCAGCGGCCUAAAUGGGGGAUCCUGCUACUCCUAUGCCGGCUCGCCCAGCAGCCCUGCCAGCUAUGUCCCAGCGCCGGCCUCCCUGAGCCGCAAGAAGUCCAGCAGCCACUCGGACCUGGCGCGGGAGUUUGCAGGGCUGCACACGUCUGACUCGUACCGAGUGGACUCGCCUGCCCGCAGCCCCCUCGUCGCCCGCAACCGGCCGGAGCUGUGCGCCCUGCAGAGUCUCUACCAGGCCGCCAGCCGCUCGGAGUACGUUCAGGAGUACCUGCAGUCCUACAGCCGCAAGGGCGGCCGCCCCCUCGCCAGCCCCCACCCCUCGGCCCAGGAGGUUAUCACGCCCACCCUGCGCACCCCCAGCCGCUGCUCCGGCCAGCCCUGGGAGCGCAGCCAGAGCCGCACCGACUCGCCGGCCAGGGAUGCCUCAAACUCCAAGACGGUGCAAGGUCUGACCGGCCUCCGCAACCUGGGCAACACGUGCUUCAUGAACUCCAUCCUGCAGUGCCUGAGCAACACGCGGGAGCUGCGGGACUACUGCCUGCAGAGCCAGUACCUGCGGGACCUCAACAACACCAGCCGCAUGCAUACGGCCCUCAUGUCAGAGUUCGCGAAGCUGCUCCAGCUGCUCUGGACCUCACCGCCCAACGAUGCCGUGAGCCCCUCUGAGUUCAAGACGCAGAUCCAGAGAUACGCCCCCCGCUUCGUGGGCUACAACCAGCAGGAUGCCCAGGAGUUCCUGCGCUUCCUCCUCGACGGGCUGCACAGCGAGGUCAACCGGGUGCUGGUUCGGCCCCGCGCCAGUGCCGACAACCUGGAUCAUCUCCCGGAUGAGGAGAAAGGGAGGCAGAUGUGGAGGCGCUACCAAGAGCGGGAGGACAGCCGGAUUGGGGAUCUUUUUGUGGGACAGCUGAAGAGCUCCCUGACCUGCAGCGAGUGCGGCUACUGCUCCACGGCCUUCGACCCCUUCUGGGACCUGUCCCUGCCCAUCCCCAAGAAGGGCUACGGGGAAGUGACCCUCAUGGACUGCCUGCGCCUCUUCACCAAGGAGGACGUGCUGGACGGGAACGAGAAACCGACAUGCUGUCGCUGCAAGGCCCGGACGAGGUGCACCAAGAAGUUCAGCAUCCAGAAGUUCCCCAAGAUCCUGGUGCUCCACCUGAAGCGCUUCUCGGAGGCCAGGAUACGCACCAGCAAGCUCACCACCUUCGUCAACUUCCCGCUUAAGGACCUGGACCUGCGGGAGUUCGCGGCACAGAGCUGCAACCAUGCUGUUUACAACCUGUAUGCUGUGUCGAACCACUCCGGGACCACCAUGGGGGGACACUACACGGCCUACUGCCGGAGCCCCGUGUCUGGCGAGUGGCACACCUUCAACGACUCCCGCGUCACCCCGAUGUCCUCCAGCCACGUGCGGGGCAGCGAUGCCUACCUGCUCUUCUACGAGCUGGCCAGCCCGUCUUCCCGUAUGUAGCUCCUGCCGCCCAGCCCCGGAGCCUGGUGCCCGCGGGGCGGAGAGGACAGGACCACGCCUCAGGGGGCAGGUGCACAGGCCCCCUGCCCCCGCCCCUGCCCAGAAGAGAGGGCAAGGCUGCCCCUGGCAUGGCAGCCAGGGCGGUUCCCAGCAUUGGCAGAGCGAGGAGGAGCAGAGCUGGCACUGAGGAGCUGGAGUUGCGGCCCCGCCGUCGGCAGGGGCUGGCGUUUAGCUUCAUUUGUUCCCUUUGGUGUGUAAUAAAAUGCUGAGCCACGACGGAGGGCACGGGAGCCUGGCUGCGCCCUGUGCCCCGCAGCAUGCCGCCCAGGCAGCUCGGGACUGUGCCUCCUUCACCCGGUGUGGCGGCGUCCCCGGAGCCCGGCGCUGGGCAUUGCCGCCUGCACCCAGCACACCACGGCACUGCGGGAAGGGAAGGACGCUGCGCUGCCCCUACCCUGCCCCUGCCGGGGCCAGGACUCGGAGCCCCAGCAGGCCUGUGCCCAUCUCAGCCGGCCGGGGGGAGCCUCGUCGAGCUCCUUUGCAUCCGUAACGGACCUUUCUCGGCCCGCAGCCGCUGCCCAGCUCCACGGGUCCCCGCUUCAGGCGGGUGCUACCUGCCUCCCAUACGACGGUGCCUUAAAACAUUUGGGGAGCGGCUGGGGGGCCCCAUCCCCCCAGGCUGGGCUGUGCCCUGCCCCUACCCCGCUGCUCUGGGGCAGGCUGGGGUGCUCGGCUCUGCCCACAGCGCCCAGGGGAGCCCGCGGCUUCCCAGGGCCCGGCUGUGUCUGCCCCGUGAGAUCCCCAGCACCCGGCAGGGGCAAGCCCCUCUUCCACGGGGGACAUGCAGGAUGGUCGCCCCCCCCGCCCCUGGCCCUGACAGCCUUUUUUAGCUUUUUCUGUAAUUUAUUCUCUCAGCCCCUUUCCUCCCACUCGUGUCCGGAGUGGGGGCACAUCCAGUGUACCCGGCAGUUGGCCUGCCCCCGCCGCACAGUCCUCACUCCCGCAGGGCGGGUCGAAGAGGACGGUGCAUGGCUCACGGAGGGGCUGGCGAGGGCACCGUGGAGGGGAAGGGGCACCAUGGGGGGCUGGGGGUGCAUUGCUUGUUUACUGUGUAAGCAAGGUGGGUGGGAGAGUGUGUUGUACAGGAAUAAACUGGAGCUCAAACA